AUGGUGCACACAAAAGUUGUCAUUAUCGGCUCCGGCCCCGCUGCCCACACCGCUGCUAUCUAUCUUUCGAGAGCGGAACUCAAACCUGUUCUCUAUGAGGGUAUGCUGGCUAAUGGCACGGCCGCUGGCGGCCAGCUCACAACUACUACCGACAUUGAGAACUUCCCCGGGUUCCCCGAUGGCAUUGGUGGCGCGGAGCUGAUGGAGAACAUGCGCAAGCAAUCCAUCCGGUUCGGCACAGAGGUGAUCACCGAGACUAUCUCCAGACUCGACCUGUCCUCGAGACCUUUCAAGCUAUGGACGGAAUGGAACGAUGGCCCUGAUAAGGAGCCCGCUUGUACUGCGGAUGCCGUCAUCAUUGCCACCGGUGCCAACGCUCGUCGUCUUAACUUGCCUGGCGAGGAGACGUACUGGCAGAAUGGAAUCAGCGCCUGCGCCGUCUGUGAUGGUGCGGUGCCCAUUUUCCGCAACAAGCCCCUGUACGUGAUCGGUGGUGGCGACUCGGCUGCCGAAGAGGCCAUGUUCCUGGCCAAGUACGGCAGCAGCGUUACCGUGCUCGUCCGUCGUGACAAACUUCGCGCCAGCAAGGCGAUGGCCAACCGUCUGCUGGCUCACCCCAAGGUGACCGUCCGCUUCAACACCGUUGCCACCGAGGUGCUGGGGGAGAAGAAGGCCAACGGCCUGAUGACUCACUUGAGAGUCAAGAACACCGUUACCGGCGAGGAGGAGGUUGUCGACGCCAACGGUCUCUUUUAUGCUGUCGGUCACGACCCCGCCACCGCCCUCGUUAAGGGGCAAAUCGACCUCGAUGAGGAUGGAUACAUCAUCACCAAGGCGGGAACCAGCUACACCAGCCGCGAGGGUGUGUUUGCUUGUGGUGACGUGCAGGACAAGCGUUACCGCCAGGCUAUCACUAGUGCAGGAUCCGGUUGCAUUGCUGCUCUCGAGGCCGAAAAGUUCAUUGCUGAGGGCGGGGUCCCCGAGGAAGAGCCCGUCGCUGUAUCCGCUGAGAAAUCCGUCGAUAAGUCCGCUGUUCAGCCCGCCGCUCAGGAGGUCAACGGCGAAGUCAAGGAGGACAUCAACGGCGCCGUUCCAGAAUACAAGUCGAACCCUCUUCUCUAA